CAGAGGGACACACUGCGCGUUACACCGGUUCAUUGUAAACGCAUUCGAACAAAGGCAAUGUGGCACGGAAUGACCCAGAUGGGAUAACAACAUGGCCAACCAUCUCGAGCCUUGGGCAUGGGUAGUGGUAGUGACGUCACUUUGUGCGCUUUUUCUCAACACGAGCCUUUCAGUUAUUGCUGGCGUCAUGCACGUGGCUCUUCUAGAGACGUAUCAAGAUGACGUCACACUGACGUCGUGGAUUGGCUCUCUCUACUCCUGCAUGUUUGCACUUUCAGGCCCCGUGGCCAGCUUCAUCAUUAAUAGAUGGAACUGCCGAUGUUGCGUCAUAGUAAGCGGCGUGCUGGGACUCGCUGGGUUUGCCCUCAGCAGCCUCGCUAGCGACAUACGGUGGCUGUUCCUCACGUAUGCCCUGAUGGCGGGUCUAGGCCAAGGAUUGUGCUACACCGGCUGUCUCGUACUGCUUGGGUUUUACUUCAAGAAUCAGACCAGUCUAGCCACCGGGAUAGGGAUAGUUGGCUGUGGUCUCGGCAACUUUCUUCUCCCCCCUCUAACACAGUGGCUCUUGGACGGGUAUGGACUCAAAGGAACCUUCCUUCUCCUCGGAGCACUGUCCUUCCAGUCUUGCGUCUGUGGUUCUCUCAUGAGACCUCCCCUACACGAGCGUACAAGACACCAAGCAGAGCGGAAAGCCGGCCACGAGAACCUAGCCUCAAGGUGUCAAUCCUGCUUCAACAAAGCCAGGACGUGCUCGAAGCCAAUCUUCCUAAACACCACUUUUUCCUUGUACCUGUUGAGCGUCAUGUCGUUUACAAUCGGAUGCUCCACCCUCAAGCUCUACCUCCCUGAUUUCGUGAUGAAGCAGGGGGCCACCUUCCAGCAUGCUUCAUCCCUAGUAUCAGUCAUCGGUGUCGGCAGCAUCCUGUCCAGGGUCUGCCUCGGUUUUGCGGCAACGGAACCAAAGAUUGGACCAUCGCUUCUGUAUUCUGGGACCAACGGUCUGACCGCUGUUCUUGUGUAUCUCAUAUACCCCUUAACUCGGACGUCAAUGUUGAGGGUUAUAUUUUCGUUUUGUUAUGGAGUUUAUAAUGGAGGUAACUGGACCCUUUUCAGCCCGAUAACGUAUACCGUCGUGGGAGUAGAUCAUCUGGCAUCCGCCACGGGCUUGGUGAUGUUCACGUGCGGGAUGGGCUACCUCAUCGGGGGACCCAUUGCAGGGAUGCUGCUUGAGGCAACGGGGAAUUACCACACCGCUUUCAUGUUUUCAGCCUCGUCUUUCCUCCUGACCUCUAUAUUUGGUUUACUGAUGACCUGUGCGAGGUCAAGACCUCCGGACAGUGAGACAUCACUGACCACGACCCUCCCGGAGAGAGAGGCCUUGACAUCUUAAAUGAAGCCAAUGUUUGUGUCAUGGUCCCAUCCUAGUUGUCGAGGUGUUUUUCAUUAAUCAGAGGACAGUGAAACCUUGUUAGUCUGAGUCAAUAGACUCAGUGCUACAACCAGUAUAAGCCUAUGUUAAAGUAUCGGAGUUACUGUAGACGCAGUUCUACAACUAGUAUAAGCCUAUGUUAAAGUAUCGGAGUUAAAAUAGGCCUAGUGCUGCAACUAGUAUAAGCUUAUGUUUAAGUAUCGGAGUUACUGUAGACGCAUUUCUACAACUAGUAUAAGCCUAUGUUAAAGUAUCGGAGUUAAAAUAGGCCUAGUGCUGCAACUAGUAUAAGCUUAUGUUUAAGUAUCGGAGUUACUGUAGACGCAUUUCUACAACUAGUAUAAGCUUAUGUUAAAGUAUCGGAGUUAAAAUAGGCCUAGCGCUACAAAUAGUAUAAGCUUAUCUAAAAGUAUCGGGAGUUAAACUAGACCUAGUGCCACAAUUAGUAUAAGCUUAUGUUUAAGUAUCGGAGUUAAAAUAGGCCUAGUGCUGCAACUAGUAUAAGCCUAUGCCUAAGUAUCAGCGAUAAAAUAGACUCAGGGCUACAACUAGUAUAAGCCUAUGCUAAAGUAUCAGGGAUAAAAUAGACGCAGGGCUACAACUAGUAUAAGCCUAUGCUAAAGUAUCAGGGAUAAAAUAGACGCAGGGCUACAACUAGUAUAAGCCUAUGCCUAAGUAUCAGCGAUAAAAUAGACGCAGUGCUACAACCAGUAUAAGCCUAUGUUAAAGUAUCGGAGUUACUGUAGACGCAGUUCUACAACUAGUAUAAGCCUAUGUUAAAGUAUCGGAGUUAAAAUAGGCCUAGUGCUGCAACUAGUAUAAGCUUAUGUUUAAGUAUCGGAGUUACUGUAGACGCAUUUCUACAACUAGUAUAAGCCUAUGUUAAAGUAUCGGAGUUAAAAUAGGCCUAGUGCUGCAACUAGUAUAAGCUUAUGUUUAAGUAUCGGAGUUACUGUAGACGCAUUUCUACAACUAGUAUAAGCUUAUGUUAAAGUAUCGGAGUUAAAAUAGGCCUAGCGCUACAACUAGUAUAAGCUUAUCUAAAAGUAUCGGGAGUUAAACUAGACCUAGUGCCACAAUUAGUAUAAGCUUAUGUUUAAGUAUCGGAGUUAAAAUAGGCCUAGUGCUGCAACUAGUAUAAGCCUAUGCCUAAGUAUCAGCGAUAAAAUAGACUCAGGGCUACAACUAGUAUAAGCCUAUGCUAAAGUAUCAGGGAUAAAAUAGACGCAGGGCUACAACUAGUAUAAGCCUAUGCUAAAGUAUCAGGGAUAAAAUAGACGCAGGGCUACAACUAGUAUAAGCCUAUGCCUAAGUAUCAGCGAUAAAAUAGACGCAGUGCUACAACUAGUAUAAGCCUAUGCUAAAUCAUCAGGGAUAAAAUAGACGCAGUGCUACAACUAGUAUAAGCCUAUGCUAAAGUAUCAGGGAUAAAAUAGUCGCAGUGCUACAACUAGUAUAAGCCUAUGCAAAAUCAUCAGGGAUAAAAUAGACGCAGUGCUACAACUAGUAUCAGCCUAUGCUAAAGCUUCAGGGAUAAAAUAGACGCAGUGCUACAACUAGUAUCAGCCUAUGCUAAAGCAUCAGGGAUAAAAUAGACGCAGUGCUACAACUAGUAUAAGCCUAUGCAAAAUCAUCAGGGAUAAAAUAGACGCAGUGCUACAACUAGUAUCAGCCUAUGCUAAAGCUUCAGGGAUAAAAUAGACGCAGUGCUACAACUAGUAUCAGCCUAUGCUAAAGCAUCAGGGAUAAAAUAGACGCAGUGCUACAACUAGUAUCAGCCUAUGCUAAAGCAUCAGGGAUAAAAUAGACGCAGUGCUUCAACUAGUAUCAGCCUAUGCUAAAGCAUCAGGGAUUAAAUAGACGCAGUGCUACAACUAGUAUCAGCCUAUGCUAAAGCAUCAGGGAUUAAAUAGACGCAGUGCUACAACUAGUAUAAGCCUAUGCUAAAGCAUCAGGGAUAAAAUAGACGCAGUGCUACAACUAGUAUAAGCCUAUGUUAAAAUGCAAGUAUCGUGAAAGAUAGUAAUCGGUAUGAUGUACAAAAGGAUGGCAGAGAAGAAUAGUGUGAAAACAUAAACAUAGCGCUGUUGUGCUUAAUCAAAAGUACGUAUUUUCAGGUCUGUAUUUGUAACAAAAACGAAUCUUAAAAGCGCUGACGGGGAGGCGUGGCUUAAGCCCCCUUUACACAGGGCUGCGACCUUUGUGCCGCCUUUGAGCGAUCACAAACUGGUCAGGACGCUCAAUGGUCGCCUAAACCCAGAAAAUCAUGUUUCUAUGUAACUGCUCCAGCAGUUGUUCAGCAGUAACUGCUCGAGUUGUUCAGCGUGUGCAACCACACUGAAACACUGCAGGUACAAGCCCUAUAUUUAUAUGCAGGCUGAGGAGGCACUACAGGUAGCUCAAAGGAGGCAGAAAAGAGGCAGAAGCAUUGCCAUGGUGUCUCAAGGGUUGCCGCUGUCGCUGAUGGAGGCACGGCGGUCGCCACAGUCAUCGUUCAAUGAACGCUGUUGGUCGCUCAAAGUAGGGAAAAGGGAGGCAGAAGUCUCGCCCAGAUUGACGGGAAAAUAUUUCAGCAGAACGCAUCUAUUACCUGGCGACCAUAGGGCGACCACUGUGCCUUCAUUCUGCAACAAAGGCAAUGUCUGUGCCCCUCUUCUGCCACCUUUGAGCAACCAACCUCCUCGGCGACCUUUGUGCGACUGUUUUGAACAUGUUCAAAACUUCAGGGCGACCAUGUCGUCCAUGGCGAUGUCUGAGGAUGCCUCCUUUGAGCCUCCAACGACGACCUGGCAAAUUUUAUGGUCGCACACGGGAGGCACAAAGGUCGACAUCCUGUGUAAAGGCCCCAUUAAUUAGCACGGCCGGCAAGAUGGUGCCACCAGUCAGGGACAGAAUACAUGCCAUCGUUUCAUUAUGUGUGGGCACGGACCUGUAUAACCGUCCGUGGUGUGGGGGACUUUGUUUAAAUUAUAACACUCGUAUGGAUUCCAUGUAUGUCAACAGUAUGGCUCGUGGGGUCGUGUCAAGUCACCUAGGUUUAACGUGAAUUAUAUAAUUUUAACAUUGUAAGAUAUUCUCCUUUUUAAUUUUUGAGGCGCAUUUCCGUUAUUGAAAGAAAGAGGGGUAUAUUUCCAUCCUUUAAUCCCAUUUAUACGAAGGAAAGUUCAGUGUACAGAUGGUCAUUGUUUAAUUGUGGAUAGGAGAAUGUCUAAGAGUUGAGAGGGUGAAGAAAAGGUUAGAUUUGCUGGGAACGUGUGCAGCCGACCAUGACCGUGAUCAGAGGCCUGCCUGCUAGAGCGUGAACGGAGGGGCGAACUUGUGCGACCAAGCGUGUAAUUUUGGAGAUAAUUUCCUCCAACAAGACCAUAUAUGGAGCUUCUGUAUAUAAAGGCUCCGCCUCCGCUGUAUUUUCGUUUCAACUUUUGAAAUUGACAGACGGGACAAAAUGUAAAUAAACCUUAUUUACGCGCCGCUUUCGAUGCUUUGAAUACGAUAAUUGCAUUAACGAUGUUACGAUCUAUCCAUAUACCCAUACACCAUUUUCAAUAAUUCGAAUCCCGGUUCGCCCCGAUUAGGUUUCUAGGUUUGUCAGCACCAUACCCGUGCUCGUGGGUUUCACCGAAGUGGUAAACGUCUGAGACCUGCAUCACUUCGGGCUUUCCUCCCACAUUAAGCUGACACGCCGUGAUAUAACUGGAAUACUGUUAAAAGCGGCGUUAAACCCAACUCACUCACUCACUCAUUCAAACAAGGACAUCCCCAUACAAACUGUGAGCCCUCUACGCCCCCUACACACGCCCCAUCUACACAAACACCCCAACGACGACCACCGCCCAAGAAAGGGAAAUCAAACAAAAACAGGGAACAGUGGACGAUCACCAAAGCACAUGACAGUGUUGUGGGGAUGGGGAGGGGUCAAAAUGAAUAUACCCGCAUUUCGGCACUGUCAUGAUUAAAUGGCCUUUUUUUAAUUACAAAAUAUAAAGUCCUUUUUUCCAUUUUGUCUUUUCGCGGAGGGUCAUGAAAAAUGUAAUAAAUUAUCUGUCCCCAGCACGUCCAUUGUUGUCAGACUUAGGACUGUCAUACUGACAGUAACAACAUAUCUUUAUUAUAUAGUGUACAGGAUAAACUAUAACAUGAGAACUCAAUGCGUAUAUUAAUCUGACAUCGUAUGAACAGCUGGUGAUUGUAACGACUGAUAGGCCACCAGCGUAUGCAGGGAGAACAAUGAGGCCUGCCGGUAUUGACGCGGUCUUGCGUGAAUACUGUUGAUAGAUCGAUAAAAGCUGGUCAGCGAAACCGAUGCUGUUAUUCCUGCAGACUUUAAAAUAAAAAUGCCGUCAUUUUCUAACUGUGCAUUGUAUUAUCUCA